AAGCGUCAGUCUCUCCUGCCCACAAAGCUAACCCCUCCUCCUCCACGACGCUCGCGCAUUGAAACGAGGAGCGUUAUAGCCAGGUACGAGUCUGUCUUUCUCCUGGCAGGAUGCUGUAGCUUUCGCCACAGAACCUGCGGACUGUUUUGGUGUGGCCUUCAAAGGUCAGAGUGAUGCUCCUGGCAGCUCUGCUGUGAUCUCUGUUGCUGCGGUUUCCACAGAAACGGGACUACGGUGGGCAGAAAGCAGUCAAGUCGCAAAAAGAUGACGUCGCCGUCACCCACUCACAGUGACAGCAGCAGCUCUUCUAAGCAUGACAGUAACCAGGACAGCUGGGAAAUUGUGGAGGGGCUCAGGGGCCUUCCUGCCAGCAUGCAGGAGCCUGACAGACAGGAGGGCUUCCUGCUCAAGAGGAGGAAGUGGCCCAUGAAGGGGUGGCAUAAGAGAUACUUUAUGUUGGAGAAAGGAAUCUUGAAGUAUGCCAAGCGUGGAACUGAUCUGAAGAAGGGAAAGCUUCAUGGCUGCAUCGAUGUUGGCCUCUCUGUCAUGUCAAUCAAGAAGAAAGCCAUGUGUAUUGACCUGGACACAGAAGAUAACAUCUAUCACUUAAAGGUGAAGUCUCCGGAGCUGUUUGAGGAGUGGGUGUUAAAGCUGCGACAUCACCGUGUGUUUCGACAGAACGAGAUUGCCAUGUAUCCCCAUGAGAGGCACCUUUUCCACCCCCAUGCCUCAUCCUCCCCUUCCAUUAAUGAUUCCCUGAGAAAAAGGGCUACUCUUACCAAGCAGACGUCAGCCCACCAAGCAAAGAUCAGUUCUUGGCUCCAUUCCUCAGGGGACAUGGACAAGUGCUGCAAAGACUUGGAAGAAUGUGAAUCAUACCUGCUUGAACUUAACCUGCUGCUGAAGAGCAUGGAGGUCCUCCACCGCACAUACUCAGCCCCGGCCAUUAGUGCACUACAGGUGUCUACUUAUGACAUCCCUAAAAAAGAGAAGAGGCAAAGGAGAUGGCGAUCAAAAAACAAUGGCAAAGAAACUAAAGCCACGCUACAGGUCCCAAGUUGCAUCUCCUCCCAAUCCCCUCGUCUCCAUGCCUCCAACCCCAAUCUCUCCACCUCUGAGUCAAGCAGCCAGGAGGUCUGUCCUGAAUCCCCAGACUCACCUACAGACGUAUCCCGUCUACAGGAGGACUUCUGCAGACUGGCCAACAACAUCCACUCUACACUGAAAUCAGCUUUUAGUUCCCUAGUAGCAGAAAGAGAAAGACUGAGGCACACUAUGGAUCUGCAGGCCCCACAGCCAGCUCAGGUCAUGGGCCUGAAGACCGCCUAUGCCUCAGUGAGUUUCUUUGCAACUCAGAAGUCAUGGUUCUGCAUGAUUAUACCACAAAUAUCUACUUAUCACUAUCAGUCCAGUUUCCCUCACCUGACUUCUUCUUAUCAUCAGGAAUGUCCAGGAGGCUCACACUCUUUGGUCCACCAAGUGUCCAAUGAGAGCAGAGCAUCAAUCCCAGAGUCAAUAUCAGAGUUUUUUGAUGCUCAAGAGUACCUCCUCUCUUCCUCCUCCUCUGAGAAUGAGGUGUCUGACGAUGACUCGUACAUCAGUGAUGUCAGUGACAGCAUCUCCAUGGAUACCUGCAGCAACGAGGGAGGCAGUGAGAGACACAACUCUGUUAGCAGCGUGGUGACUGUGACCCGGCGGCGCUCCACGCUGCCCUCUCCCAGCCCCACCUGCAGUGUGAGCCUGUGGAACAUCCUGAAGAACAACAUUGGUAAGGACCUGUCCAAGGUGGCCAUGCCAGUACAGCUCAAUGAGCCAAUCAACACCUUGCAGAGGCUGUGUGAGGAACUCGAGUACAGUGAACUGCUGGACACCGCCAACCAAACACAUGACCCUUAUCAGCGCAUGGUGUAUGUUGCUACAUUUGCAAUAUCUGCGUACACGUCCACUUACCAUCGAGCAGGAAGUAAACCCUUCAACCCUGUCCUGGGAGAGACGUACGAGUGUGACAGACCGGACAAAGGCUUCAGGUUUAUAGCUGAACAGGUGAGUCAUCACCCACCGGUAUCAGCAUGCCACUCUGAUUCGAGGAACUUCACCUUUUGGCAAGAUGUCCGGCUGAAAAAUAAAUUCUGGGGGAAAUCUAUGGAAAUUGUUCCAGUUGGAACCACCCAUGUCACGCUACCAGCGUUUGGGGAUCACUACGAAUGGAACAAAGUGACAUCCUGCAUCCAUAACAUCUUGAGUGGCCAGCGUUGGAUUGAACACUAUGGGGAGAUGGCCAUCAAAAAUAUCAACAGUGAUGCUUGCCUGUGUAAAAUCACAUUUGUCAAGGCAAAAUCAUGGAGCUCUACAGUGAACGAGAUCGAGGGCGUGGUUACAGAUUCAAAUGGAAAAGUUGUACACUCUAUUUUUGGAAAAUGGCAUGAGUCUGUUUUUCAAGGCGACCCACCUUCUGCCACGUGUAUCUGGAGAGCAAAUCCCAUGCCAGUGGACCAAGAACAGUACUAUGGCUUCACCCAGUUUGCGGUGGAGUUAAAUGAGAUGGACUCUACACUGAGACCUCUGCUGCCCUCCACAGACACACGCCUCAGGCCGGACCAGAGGCUGUUGGAGGAGGGGAACACAGAAGGAGCCGAGGAGCAGAAACAGAGGAUAGAGCAGCUCCAGAGAGAGAGGAGAAAAGUGCUGCAGGACAACAACAUGACACACCAGCCACGCUUUUUCAACAGGAAGUCCAACAAUGACACGUGGGUGAGCAACAACACGUACUGGGAGCUGCGCAGAGACCCUGGCUUCAGUAAAAUGGACUUCCCUGUGUUGUGGUGACAUCUGGAUUUAACCAAACCUCUCUGCUACAACUUAACAUACAGAGGGAAGUAUAAAACUGAACUAAGACCAGCCUCCAAGUGUCUUGACCUGGGAAAUAUGAGUCGCCCCAUGUCAUGGCAACCCAAUCUUCAAUGGACUUCCCUCUUCCUCUUUCAGGAUUGAGCAGAGCCUGAAGAACUUGUAAAGGUUUUGUUUCUGUUGUUUUUCUCAUUUCUCCUUAAGGGUACAUCUCUCCUCUCAUUAUCACAACUGUAAUUUCCACACUGUCAGUGUAGGAUAAAGAUUCAUAUCAUUCAUAUCAUGUCCUGUUGCAUCUGAGCAUUUACCAAAGUGCCUUUUGUUGCAGUGCCUCACUCAGUCAACUGCUGUAGCAGUUAUAAAAAACAAACAAAAAAAAACACUUUUAUUCAGAGACUUUAAGCCUUUGGAGGACGUCAGUAUGAUGUAUGG